CAUGUUUUAAUUGCUGCUCUUCCAGACAAUAAUAAUCGCCAUGAACCGCCUCAAGCGUAAUCCCCUCCUGCAGGUGGCCAAGUGUGAGAUGUGCCCCAACGUAGUGACCAACUUCGUGACCGGACUGUGUGGCCGCUGCUCCUUCAUGUGGACCAACAAGCGAAACCUAAUUCGUGCAACGCUCGGCCCCUAUCAGUUGAUGGCAGCAACCGUUAGUAUGGUCCGUGGCAUCCAAGAUCGCCAGCCGAUGCACCCAACCUUCAGCCAAGCCAUCGAGACAAUUAGAAGCCUCCGCAAACAGAAGGUCGAACUCUUCCAGAAGCUGCGCAGCCACUUUCUGGACAGCAUUCUCAUCGAGCAGUCCUACGACCAGCCGGUUACCACCAUUGUGGAGGACGACUACUGGAAUGUGCCGGAAAUCUACGACAGUGAUUAUAUAAUGUUCCAGCACCAAAUAGACCUCCUUGAAGGUGUCACCCGCACUUUGUCUGCCAACUCGGACCUUAACAACAAUAAAGUUAAAGAAAAAUAGGGACUCGGGAGUAAAAG